AUGACUAACGUAAUGUCUAGUUAAUUUGUUUUUGAAUCGUCAAUAAAUAUAGAACGUUUCAUCAAAUUGUUACUAAUUCUCUACUUUCGAUCUAGUGUUAAAUUUUUGUUCGAUGUUUACAAUCUGCGUUUCGUUUACGCGGUGAAUGCGGGCAUUUUAUUUAGAUUCCACUCUUAGAUUCAUGUAUUUUGAACGGAUCGACUACUGCCCGAUAAAGUUGUGUACUUAAUUACUAAUCAAGCGAUAAAAUGGAAGCCGCUCCGCGACUUCCAAUGCUGAGCAUUGAGCUGCAAGUUAGCCCAGAAAGCGUUCAAUUUUCCAACAAAAUCAAACAGUACAUCGCUAACUUUUACCACGAAGACCCUGAAUCAUACACUACCGAAAUUUAUAAUUUGGAGUCCCUCCGUGGGGCUGCAGUGCACCCGAGCAAAGAUGUGUCAGGCAUCCAGAACUUGAAAAAGUACUAUUGCCAGCUUCAUUUCCUAAAGUCGAGGUUUCCCAUGGAGGAGGGACAACCAUGCGCUGUCCAGUUUGUGUGGAAAGACUCGCACGGAGCGGUCAGUUCGGGAGAUGUUCGCUUGGAACUGACGGCCAUAAUGUACAAUAUCGGGGCCUUGCACACCUUUUUGGGAUCCCAGGAUUCAAGAUCGACCGCGGACGGCAUGAAAAUGGCUUGCGCCCACUACCAAUGUGCCGCUUGGGCAUUCCAGACGCUCAAGGAAAAAUACUUUGAUAUGGUGAACUACGUUUCGUCGAUAGAGCUGGUGAAUUUCUACCAGCAGGUGUGUCUGGCACAGGCUCAGGAGUGCAUUUUGGAGAAGAGCAUGCUGGACAACAGAAAAUCCACCAUUAUUUCCAAGGUGGCGGUCCAGGUGUACGACUACUACCGGCACGCGUCGAACUGCCUCAAAUGCACCGGCGACGACACGUGCGGCCGCCAAACCUACAAGGAGUGGUCGAGGUACUUGCAGUUCAAGGUCGCGUACCACCGUUCCAUCUCGUUGCUGUUCCAAGGCCAGCAGGCCGAGGAACUGCAGAAGAUGGGCGAACGGGUCGCGUUCUACCAAUCCGCGUCCGCCCACCUCGAAGACGCCCGCAAACUACUGUCCACGUUCAAGGGACAGCAGCAAAAAGAGCUGUCCGAAGCGUUGGCCUUCACGUUGGACGUGGUGGAGGGCAAGAAGAAGGCGGCGGAGAACGAGAACAACCUCAUCUACCACGAGGCGAUACCCAACCUCGCCCAUCUGCAGGAGGUCAAAGGCGCGUCCUUGGUCAAGGGCAUCGGUUUCAACGUCAACGACCAAGACGUCGCCGGACCGGACAUUUUUUCGCGUCUCGUGCCGAUGGAGGCCCACGAGGCCGCCUCCUUGUAUAGCGAGCAGAAAGCCCAGAUGCUGAGACGCAUCGGCGAGAGGGUCGAGCUCAAAGACCAAAACCUCGCGGAGUUUAUGUCGUCGAUGCCCUUGGACGUGCUGACGAGGAUGCACCAAGCGAGCGGCAUCCCGCAGGAGUUGAUCGACAGGGCGGCCGCGUUGUCCGCGAAACCGUCGGCCAUAAGGGACCUGGUGGACGCGAUGGCGAAGCUGUCCGACGUCUAUCACGAGGUCGAGUCGAACCUGAACGAGAUCGACGCGCUGCUACGGGAGGAGGAGCAGUGCGAGAGGAAAUACCAGGAGGUGAUGGGCAAACGGGCGCCGAGCAUCGUCGCCACCGACUUGGCGAGGGAGUGGGCCAAGUACAAGGAGGCCCACGUCAAGGCGAACGAAUCGAAUCAGACGUUGAGCAGGGCGAUGUCGACGCACCUCGAGAAUCUGAAGAUCCUGCAGCAGCCGCUGCGCGUCCUCCAGCAGAAGUUGCCCAGCGUCGAUUUGCCCGAUGCGCAUAUCGACGAGACGCAGCUCAAGAAUCUCGAGACGCUCAGCGCGAAAGUGGACGAAAUGAGGACGCAGCGCGCCAUGUUGUGGGCGCAGCUGCGGGAGGCCGUCCAUAACGACGAUAUCACCAGCGCGCUGGUCACAAAACAGGCGAACGAGAGCGUCGAAGAGCUGUUCCGGAAGGAGUUGGAGAAACAUCAACCGCUGAUCUCGCUGAUCGAGCAAAACCUCGCGGCCCAAGAGAACAUCCGCAAAGCCUUCAUCGACGCCUACGCCGUCGCGACGAACACGCGACGCUACAUACAGGAGACUAUCCACAAAAGGGCGUCUACGAUCCAGGCCCUCGUGCUGUCGUACGAUUCGUACGACGACCUGUUGUCGAAAGCGAACAAGGGCAUCGAGUUUUACACGAAACUCGACACGAACGUGUCGAAGCUGCUGCAACGCGUGCGCAGCACGAUCAACGUGCAGCAGGAAGAACGCGAGCAGCUGCUCGCGAAGACGGACGCCGUCGCGACGUCGACGCCACCGCCCGCGACGACGCCCAAGCUCAAAGAUUAUCUGGACGCGAGAAAAAGCAACGCGCAGGCGUAUCCAGCGGCGCCGAACUACGGGGGCGCUUCGCAGAACCUAUCCGAGGUCUACGUGCCGGCCGUAAGGCCGGCGCCCUUGGGUUCCGAGAUGAACAACGACCGCCCCGCCUUACCGUCGGCCAAUGAAACCCCGUACGCCUAUCCGACAGCGCAGCAAUACGGUUAUCAGUACGCGCAGCAGUACGUCGAACAAAUUAAACCCGCUUACGCGGACCCGACCGUCGCCGACCUGUCCACCAGGUUGAACUCGCUGCUGGGCAAACAGCAGGACACACCGCCCUACUACCCCCAACACUACACGCACUCGAGCUACAUCCCUCAGAACUACACUCCGACCAGUUAUUCGCAGAUUUCGCAGCAUUAUAACGACACCGUGUCCGACGCUUCCAGUACCGCGUACGACAGCAAAGCAUUCACCACCACCACCAAUUACUACCAGACCAUUUCGCAUACCCCGAACGUCUCCAGCCCGUCGAGCACUCCAGAGACGUCGCAGUUCUAUCAACAACCCGAUGCGCAAGCGCCCACGAACUAUUACGGGGUUUCGGAUAACGUCCCACCCGCCCAGUACUAUCCUACUCAAGGGGCGGGGCCUUACCAGUACCAGUCGGCGACCGGCUCCGCGUACUACCAGCAGCAGCAACCGGUGUCGACGUCGCAGCCUGAGGUCGCGCAUCCUUACGCCACUGAUACGGGUUAUCAGUACCAGGCUACCCAGCAGCAACAGUAUUUUCCGCCCGGCUACGCGCCCAACUAUAGUUCCCCACUAGACGAAGCGUCACAGUACUACGCAUCGACGCAGCACGCGUCGCAGUACCACGCGCAGGAGUACGCUACGUCUGUACGUCCCGACCUGAGCAAUUACAGUUACAGCGUGUACACGUCGCCCCCUUACGGCGGGAACGCAUACAAGACGCAACCGGACACGCCCGCCGGUCAAAAUAUGGCGACCGGGCUCGCGCAGCCGUCCGCCGCCUCCGCCAAGCAAUCGAACGUCGACCUGCUGAGCGGCCUCGACUUUUCCGUCAACCAGAUCCCGUUGACGCCGUCGAGCGCGACGCCCCGCGUCCCCAAAGAGACGGAGAAGAUCGCGCCGGUACCGGAAUCGAAGGUCGUCGCGAAAAAGGACAGCGUCCACAAGAUUCUACCCAGCAAAGCGUUGGGUAACGCGGACGCGAAGGCACUGUUCCGCCAAGAGCUGGACAGGUACGAGAAAUACGUCGAAACACUGACGGCGAAGACGUUGGGUGGGCCGACGACCCUCGACGCUAAGUGGAAGGAAGUUCAGGACGGUCAGGACGGCGACGGACAGAAAAGGAUCGUGUCCGUGGCGAGGUGUUACCCGCUGAAGAACCGUUACCCGGACAUCUUGCCCUACGAUCAUUCCAGGGUGGAGCUAAGGUCGGCCGUGGACGACUACAUCAACGCGUCUCACGUCUCGGGCGUCUCGCCGUACGGUCCAGACUUUAUAGUCGCGCAGGCGCCUCUCGCGUCCACCGUCGCCGACUUCUGGACGAUGAUCCGCGAGCAGCAAAUCGAGCUGAUUUUCUGCGUGAUGAACGAUAACGAAAUCGGCGACGACGCGUACUGGCCAAAAGAGAAGGGCAGGAACCUCAACAUUUCCAACAUGGUCUUGUCGCUGCAAAGCGUCGUGCCGAAGUCAGAUUGGGUGGAACGGCUUAUUUCGAUCACGGUGCCGGAAACUAAAGAGUCGUGGGUUGUGAUGCACGCCCAGUUCACUUCGUGGCCCGGAAGUUUAUUCCCGACGUCGUCCGAACCAUUCGUCGACUACGUGCUGGAGUUGAUAGGUCUGUUCCAACAGCAGAAGAAUAUCGGACAUCCGGUCUUGGUACACUGUUCGUCCGGUAUAGGGCGUAGCGGGGUCGUCUGCCUGUUGGCCGUCGCCAUAUUGCAGGCGACCAACGAGACGGGAACGUUGCCAGAUUUCGCCGCCAUCGCGGCGAAGCUGUCGCAGGCGAGAAAGAACGUCCUGCGGGAUCGGGAACAUCUGAGGUUCGCGUACGACGCCAUGUUGGGUUACAUGAGACGCAUGGUAGAUCAAGGUGAGUUCAAUUGAGUCAAGUUCUGGGACGUAGAGGAACGGCGGAUAGAUCUUGGGUGUUGGUUGCUUUGGUUUCGUUUAUCUCUGGUUUGUGGCCAGAGCAAGACCGUAGCUCUUGGCAGUUCUCUUGUCUCAGUCGUAGUAGUAGUGGUAGCCCGUGGAAGUUUCUUUAAAAAAAAAAAACGAUAAAAAGUCUCUUAGAACGCUAGGUAGAGAUUUCGAGAAACAAACCCGUUCGCAACAGUGACCAGUGAAGCAGUGUGUAAAUCAGGUUCCCGCCUCUUUGGUCAUGAUGAUAUUUUUCUUGAAACACUCGAUGUCCCUUACGGAUUAAACUCCUUAAUCCACCCACCUUGGGGCUCACCAUACCUCUGGUGUUGUUGAGGUGCGGUGGUUUUGUCGGGCCUCUAUGAGUUGUCAGGUCUUAAGUGUUGAAGAUUUCGAUUUGACAAAUUAGUUUUAUUUCUACCCAUUUGCCUUUCCUGCUGUACGAUUAGUUUGCGAUACCUUUUCAAUUUCAGGUGUGGGAUCUUUUGCUUUUUCGGUCUAUUGAAUUAAUGUAUUUAAAAGAGCACAUUUCAGGGGCGGGAAUGAGCCUUUGAUUACCCCAAGGUUUAUUUCAGCUAUAACUUUUAGGUUUACUUUAUCAAAAUACCAGGUCGAUGGCAAACCUCAGGUGUUUAUUCCGUCGAUCGAAUUGAAAUUUUGAAAAUUCCCGUUUGAGAGCACGUUUCAGGUGCGGGAUUAAUCGAUCGACUACUGGUAGGUUUAUUUCAGCGGUAACUUAGGUUUACGUUAUCAAAAUGCCACGUCGAUGGCAAACCUCAGGUGUGGGAAUAUUUGUUCAUUCUUUCCAUUGAAUGAGAAUUUUUAAAAUGCCGUUUGAGAACACGUUUCAGGUGCGGGAUUGAUCGUUCGAUACUUGUUUGCCUUUUCGCAGGCUUUGUAAGAAGAAGAUAGUGUUUAAAAGGCUUGCUAUCACCAAUUCCGAAUUGUCUUGUGGCGCCUUUUAAGGGACUGAAACGGAAACUCGAAUACUCUUCAACAAGUAAUUGGUAGUACUCGGUUCUUUUACAGUCCAGUCAGAAUUGGAUUAUUAUCGAUCUCGUUUCUUUCUGGUUGUUCAUUUUGUAGUGAAAUUAAUGGAAUUUUUAGACGCCUUCAAAGUACUUUUUGCGUGUUUUUUAACAUCUGGCGUUUUCCUGAUUUUGCUGUGAAAUUAUUGCUUGUAUUAUGGUGCCUUGGCUAUUCAAACGUCAAGGCCUUUUUAAGUGUUUCACAACUAUGGGUCACAAAUAAGGUACGGGUUAAUUAGCAAUUAUUAUUUUUGUGUUUCUUCUUUUAUUAUAUCGUGUCUGCACUCCUUUAGACCGGGCGAAGAAGAAACUAAA